AUGACCAAAACACAAGUAAACUACGCCCAGAUCGAAAAAGAACUCCUGGCAAUUGUGUUUGCCUGUGAGAAGUUUCAUGAUUAUAUCCUUGGAAAAGAAGUCACAGUAGAGACUGAUCACCAGCCUUUGAUCAGCAUAUACAAGAAAGCUUUCUUUGCUGCACCGGCGCGUUUGCAAAGAAUGCUUCUGCGUUUGCAACAGUACGACCUGAAGUUAGUCUAUAAGAAGGGCGAAGAACUUCAUGUUGCAGACACACUGUCGAGAGCCUUCUUGAAAGAUAAUUCAAAUAUACCUGACUAUGAGGAAUUUGAGGUAAUGACAGUUUUACCCAUGACAGAUGCCAGAAGUGAGCAACUCAAGGCUGAAACUGGUCGUGAUCCGGAACUUGUGUUAAUUCGCCAAUAUGUCAAACAUGGCUGGCCACAGUACAAACGAGAUGUACACCCAGAGGCAUGGAAAUAUUUCUCGUUCAGAGAUGAAAUCACAGAAUGCGACAACAUCCUCUUUAAAGGAGACAAAGUCAUUGUCCCUACAUCACUGCGGCAUGACUACAUGAAACAUAUUCAUCAAGGACACCUCAAUGCCGAACGGUGUAAAGGAAGAGCAAGAGAUUUCCUGUAUUGGUGUAACAUGAACUCUGACAUUGAACAGUGGGUAGCUGAAUGUGCAGUGUGCAACAGCUGCAAAUCUCAACAGCGGAAGGAACCUCUCAAAUGUCAUGAGAUUCCUACCAGGCCCUGGCAAAUACUUGCAUCAGAUCUAUUUACUUGGAACUCAACCGAAUACCUUGUGCUCGUUGAUUCAUACUCUGGUUGGAUAGAAAUGAACACUCUGAACACAACUACCUCUGCAGCUGUAAUAAGAAAGCUAAAAGGGCACUUUGCUAGGUUUGGUGUGCCAGACACUCUUCUAACUGACAACGGGCCCCAAUUCUCAUCACGGGAGUUUGCAUUAUUUGCUAAAACAUGGGGAUUCACACACAAAACGAGCAGUCCAGGUUAUCCACAGAGCAAUGGACUUGCUGAAAAGGCAGUACAGUCUGACCCAUACCUUGCCAUACUCAACCAGAGAAAUACACCCCGCGAUCAAGUCCUGGGAUCGCCUGCCCAACGACUCAUGUCACGCAGAACCAAAACUGAAACUCCCAUGUCGUCCAAGCUACUUUCACCAGUUAUUCGAAAACCAUCAAGUAUCUACAAACGCCUUGUAGAACUGAGAGGGCAACAAAAACAGUAUUUCGACAAGACAGCAAAACUGCUGCCUAGACUUGAACCUGGUGACAAAGUGAGAAUUCUAACAAAUAAUGGAUUUGAUAGACUAGGACUAGUCAGACAGUCACCCAGAUCCUACAUCAUAUCUUCGGAAGGUAAAGACCUAAGAAGGAACAGAAGACAACUCUCAUUCACACAUGAGAAAACACCAGUGAAGCUAACACCCCCACCAGAGGAAUAUACACUCCACACUAAAGACACUGAAACACAAGUUACAAAGACUAACAUGAGACAAGAAAUCACAACAAAGAGAAGUGAAGACACAAGACCGAUGGUGGUGCAAGAAAACAACACACAACCUAACAUGACAGUUACCAGGAGUGGCAGAACUGUGAAACCAAAUCACAAAUACCUUGAUUGA